AUGUCUGAACUUUAUUUGAAAUUAGAAAACUUGGUGAGGGGAAAAGAGAUAGCAGCUGGAAAAUGGCUGAUUUUGGCGCAACCUGUAUUCCAAUCAUCUGAAAUCUUGCUUGGAUCAAGAUACCCAAGUAGUAUUGGAUGUACUUUUGCUGGAAUAUUUGGCAAAAUAUAA